AUGGCUAGUAACAUUAAGCCGCACAAAACUAAGCAUUUCCCAAUAGACCAGCUAGUAUGCGUCGGGAACUACCAGCUGGAAAAAACUAUAGGAACGGGCAACUUCGCCGUCGUAAAGCUCGCCACACACGCUAUAACUAAGAGUAAGGUUGCAAUAAAAAUAAUCGACAAAUCCAGAUUAGGUGAAGACAAUCUGAAGAAAACUUUCAGGGAGAUAGCCAUUAUGAAGAAACUGAGGCAUCCGCAUAUUGUACGGCUGUAUCAGGUUAUGGAGAGCAGUCACACUUUGUACCUCGUUACUGAGUACGCGCCGAACGGAGAAAUUUUUGAUCACCUGGUAUCAAAAGGCAGAAUGCCUGAGUCGGAGGCUGCCAGGUCUUUCUCUCAAAUGGUUGCAGCAGUUGGCUAUUGUCACUCCAGCGGUAUAGUGCAUAGAGAUCUAAAAGCUGAGAAUCUACUUCUGGACAAAGAUAUGAAUAUUAAGUUGGCUGAUUUCGGCUUCAGUAACGAAUAUACAGCGGGUUCACCUCUCUCCACUUGGUGCGGCUCCCCGCCGUACGCGGCGCCUGAACUCUUCGAAGGCCGGCAAUACGAUGGACCUAAAGCCGAUAUAUGGUCUCUGGGUGUAGUUCUUUACGUAUUGGUCUGUGGAGCUCUUCCGUUCGACGGCUGCACUCUUAGUGAACUCCGCGCCGUGGUGCUCAGCGGAAAAUUUAGGAUACCUUACUUUAUGUCACAAGAAUGCGAGCAUCUAAUACGUCACAUGCUAGUAGUGGAGCCCGAGAGGCGGCUGUCACUGAGGGGCGUAGCGCGACACAGAUGGCUACAGGCGCACCAGCCGGGGCCUGGACCCGGAGUAUACGAUGCCUCCGAAGGUCAAUGUGCCUGUCACCCUUCCGUUACCCGGGAAGAUGCUCGAGCUCACGACGCAGCCCUGGCGCGCCUCGCGACUUUACCCGGACUUACCUUACAUCACGUGCAACAGUCGGUACAAGAAGAAAGAUUUGAUCACAUAUCAGCUAUUUAUCAUUUACUUAUGGACAAGCUAGAACAAAGGGACACAGACGCUGAAAUGGAUAGAGAUUCAUUAGACUCGACAACGGGCAAACCCCUAGAUCUCACUAGUUGUAAGAGUGAAGAAGAACAGAUGGAGGCAGAAGACAGUACCGAAGCCCUACAACCAGGAUACCUCACUGCCGGCCACUCCGGAGACAGCUUCGAAAAGUUCGGUUCGUCUGUUGUGUUGGAGUCAGGCGUGGAGCCCGUACGUCAGCCAGGCGCUCCGCCAACGGCCAGGAGACACACGGUGGGCCCCGGAGAUUGUAGGCACGAACAGUCGAGUGAGUUGUCUUCAAGGCCUGCACCUUUGUGCGCGUCCGCUCAUUUUAAUCAACAGCCCCUUCAGACUCCGCUGCCGAGUCGGUUACCAGAAGUAGCGUUACUACCGAACACAAACCUGGCAGCCAAGCUGCCCGCUGUUCAGCAUCAGCCUCCUCGGUACUUCAGCGUCAAAGAUCAUCAUCUCUUGAAACCUCCAGUCGCCAUGCAAACACAGGCGUCGCUGUUCGGUCGUAGGGCUUCGGACGGCGGGGCUCACGUGCGGCGCGCCCCGGACAACGCGGGGGCGCAUCCCCCACCCCCAAGACAUGUUUCAGACAGUGGUACUGGGAACACUGAGUCAACGGAACAAACAGAUGAACAGACAAGCGACUCUACAUAUAAUAAUAAUCUGUGCAGGUAUAUGUUAAAUCGUGGUAGUAGCAAACGUCACACAAUGGCGACCCCGGAAGAAGCGGCUUCCGUUUCCGCUGCUUGCCCUCCCACUCCCGCCGCGAGCGCCCCUAGAGUACGUCGUUCAGGCCUCCUAACAGUAACAGAAAGACCUCCUGUUAUUAGUCCUGAGUUAGUUAUGGAGGUUGAGGCGAGGAUGAAUCGCAACUACCUCCCGCCCUCGAUCCAGGGCGGGUUCCAGAGUCCGCCGCCCUGCACCCCGCCCGCCCAAGGCUCUAUAACCGCGGGAACCCCGAAUUACACGAAAUCUAUGAAACCGGUCUUAGAGACCAUUCCUCAAGGCAGUAUAAUGGGGACCAAUCAGAUUGUUACGCCGUUCACACCUUCGUUGUCGCAAUUCUCGCCGACUCACGGCAGUGUGGUCUCACAGACCGGAUCUAUCGUCACCGGAAGUCCGAUGGUGAAUCAGAACUUUAAUAGCAUUCAACCAAAUACAUUCAGCUCAAUGCCAAACCAAGGAUCAAUAUUAACAGGGACGCCAAUUAGUCAGAAUUUCAAUUCGUUGCCCAACCAGGGGUCGAUAAUGUCUGGCACGCCGAUACAGAGCCAGAGCUACAUUCAAAGCCAGGGGUCCAUCAUCAGCGGUACUCCGAUACAGAAUCAGGGGUCAAUAAUGUCUGGCACGCCGAUUAAUAACCAGAAUUUCCCGACUACCUCCAGUCAGAACUACCUAUCUCUGAAUCCUGGUACUUCUAUGGACAAAAGCUUCACGAACUUUCCAUACAGUUUCGGUUCCUGUGGUAACGUACCCUCGGGGUCAAUAACCGCGGGGACUCCCCUAACUUUGGGUCAAGGUCAAUACAGCCGACAAAGGAAGUACUCUGGCCCACAAAGGGUGAAACUGCAAAUGUUGGCGACUGUACAGGAAAUGGCUCGUGAGCACGCGGAGCGUUAUUCGCCUGUACGACGUGCGGAGUUGAGUCCACCGAGGGCGGCGCAUCCGCUGGCAUCGGCUAGGCUGGAGUACCAACAGCUACAGCGUGGUCUCGAGCGUCGCGCGGCCUGCGGUGGGGCUUCGCCCCCUUCAGAGUCUUCGCACCCGCCGCACACUCUGUCUGCCUCGAUGCCUGGGUCACCCAUCCAUUCCGGCGCCUCUGUUCCUACGCUUGACAUGGGCCUGAGUGAUCCGCCUCAGGACCUAUCGUUGAAGCUGGGCAUGAAUCUCAACAACCUGUACUCUCCUCACUUACAACAAGAAGUUUUAAAAUCUCUUCAUUCGUACAGCAGUUACGGUUUAGUUUCCGGGCAUGCUAGCCCCGCUAGUCCGGGGAGUCCCCUGCAUCAGAUAACCGAGGGUCUAAGCUACUUACACACGGGCUCCAUCACGCGGGGAACCCCCCAAGCUAACGCUACGCCUUUAGACCUUCGAAGCACAGCCACCACCCCUCAUAUAGACAUGGAAACCAACUAUCCUCAACUCCACCCGAUGGUUCAUCCCCAAAUCCACGUGGUGGCGCACCGAUCGCUCAAUAAUUCCCCCAUAUCAAACCCCGGCUCCCCAUUGGACAUGAUCCAGGAGGAAAUAGGAAACGGAAGUCAAAACGGCGAAACCAAAUUCCCGGACAGAAGUUUCCAGAGCUACGUGUCGACACACCCGCAGAUCAGUUUAACAGAUUGUCUCGGCUCGGAGAUAACUUUGGUCGCAUCUUCAUCUGAAGACAGCGUCGAUAGUUUAGAGAAUAAAUACCCGCUGCCGCAGUUCGUGAUAUCUGAACCAUCGGAUUUGGAUGAUAGACCUUCCAUCACCAAAGGAAUUGGACGAAAAGUCAGCCAGGAAACGGAAGCAGCCGAAAAUAAGGAGGAAGUCGAUACAGAAAUGCAGUCACCUAAAGAAAGUGUGGAUGAAACUAGUAAAUUCUUGACAAGAGAGGCGAGAAGAGGCAGUGAUAAGUCUUUAGGUUUCAGCGACGAUUCACUCAGCAAUGACUCCGCAAACGCAUCACCCAACUGCGAACAAAACAUACAGUCAAUUUACUCCAAUAUAGUGUCAAUUAGUUCAGGUUUCAGCGAGAAUAGAGGAAGUUUUUCCGAGCACAGGGAAUCCUUCUCUUUUUCCGACCGCGGGAGCUUUUCUGAGAGAGGGGAUUAUGGCAGAUCCUCGUUUUCGGAAAGAAGCGAUUUCGGUAGAGGAAGCUUUUCAGAAAAAGGCGAAACUCCGCGCUCUUCGUUCUCAGCUCAAGGAGUUUUGGGAGAAGUUAAGGAAUAUAACGAAGACGUGCACAUGCCGGAAAAAACUCUCGUCAAACACGACGAAGAAAGUCAUGAGAUAGAAAAAUUACAACGAUCUACUAUGGACUUACGGCUGUCGGAAAUAUGUAGGCCGGGAGACGGAAUACCGAUACUACUUAGCCCGCAGAAAGUGUCUUGUGUACAAGAAUACUACGAAGUUACACUAUCUACGGUCUGCUCACAACUAGACUCGCAUAGGAUAGUAGAACUCUUGAAAGAAACCAUAAAUAACAGAGUUCCGCCACAGAAUAUAUUCAUAGAAACGGACCAUAGAAAACAUGAUGAUACGGAAGAUUUAACAGGCUUCCUCAAUCUAGAAUACUCUGGCGGCAUUCAGAUAGAACUAGUCGUGUGUGAGAAUAAGAGUAAAGAAAAAAAAGGACUUAAAAUGAGAAGAAUAUCUGGAGACCAUCGAGAGUAUGGCAAGUUGUGUCAGCAACUGAUAACAAGCCUUACAGUCUGA